AUGGAGAAGAAGAUCACAGAGAAGAUCGCGGCAUUGCCGCCGGACGCGAAUUACUUUUCGCUGGAGUUCUUCCCUCCCAAGACCCGUAUGGGGUUUGCAAACCUGUCUGCGCGUCUGGAGCGCAUGGCCCAGGCUCUCCGACCGCUCUUCGUCACCGUCACUUGGGGUGCAGGCGGAAGCACAGCGGCCCGUUCCCUCGAGCUCGCCGAAGUUUGCCAGCGCCAGCUGCAGUUGACGACCGUUCUGCAUUUAACAUGCACCAACAUGAGCCGUGCGUUGGUGGACAUGGCUCUGGAGGAGGCUAAGGUGCUGGGUAUUCGCAAUAUUCUCGCCCUGCGUGGAGACCCGCCUCGAAGCGAGGAAUAUAAUAUGCACGGAGAGGACGAUAGCAACAAGGACUUCACCUUCGCCGUGGACCUUGUGAAAUACAUUCGCAAACAACAUGGUGACUACUUCUGCGUUGGUGUCGCCGCAUACCCAGAGGGCCACCCGGCCGACGCUUUCCAGGACGUCCAGGAUCCUAUGCGUGAUCUGCCCUAUCUAAUCGAGAAGACCGUUGCCGGAGCAGACUUCAUCAUGACUCAACUCACAUACGAUCUUGAUGCUUACACGAAGUUUGAGAACAUGCUCCGCAACCACGAGUCGGGAGUCUUCAAGACCAUUCCCAUCAUCCCGGGCCUCAUGCCCAUUCACAGCUACAAGAUUCUGACUCGCGUGACAAAGCUCAGCAACGUGCACAUCCCAGACCCCAUUGCUAAACGUAUGGAAGAAGUGAAGCACGAUGACGAUGCUGUCAAGCGUGCUGGUGUCGACGUUGUCAGUGACAUUGUGGGAGGUAUCCAAGAGCUACCGUCGCCGGGCCCGCGGGGCUUCCAUUUUUACACUCUGAACUUGGAGAAGUCUGUCUCAUUCAUUCUUGAGCGAUGUGACUUGAUUCCGCCUUUCUCAACCAUCGAUGAAUCCGCUUUUGAGGACAUCGAUGUCGCUAUUUCUCUGGAAACUCGGGCCCGCUCGCUGGCAAGACGCCGUUCUUCUGUCAAUUCGCAAGUACACAACCGCGUCAUCGUGGACAAGUAUUCUGGAAAGGAGUCAUCGCAUGAUUCCGUACAUGAGGCCCUGGCAAACAGCGCUGGACUGCCCGCCAUGCCUCCUGGCCGUGGAACUACCCUCCAAAUAUCGGAGGGUAUGGGUGCGCUUGGCCGAGAAGCUACAUGGGAUGAUUUCCCCAACGGCCGAUGGGGUGAUGCGCGCUCGCCUGCAUUUGGUGAGAUUGAUGGCUAUGGACCCUCGCUUCACGUAACCUCCGCAGUUGCUCGGCGACUCUGGGGCCACCCUGUGGACCAUUCUGACAUUAACACGAUUUUCCGUCGCCACGUGAAUGGUGAGCUGUAUAUGGUUCCAUGGUCGGAGGGUGGUGCCGAGGAGGGCGAUGGGCUGAACGCUGAGACAGACCUCAUCCGGCCCGAGCUGCUCAAGCUCAUUGACGGCCGCGGCUGGUGGACACUAGCCUCCCAGCCCGCCGUGAAUGGCGUCCGCAGUGACGACAAGAUCUUCGGUUGGGGCCCCCAGCGUGAGGGUUUCGUUUUCCAGAAGCCUUUUGUUGAAUUCUUCUGCCCUAACAAGGAUUACAUGGAAAUCCUGAAGCCGUUGUUCGAAAAGCACGGUCACGACAAGCUCACCUGGUUCGCCACGAACCAGACCGGAGCUUUCGAGUCAUCUCUGCCUACACAACCUGCCGAUGUCGGUCUCGACGAACUCGACUCCAACCCGGAUAGCCUUAACGCCGUGACCUGGGGUGUCUUCCGGGGCAAAGAGAUUGUCACACCAACCAUUAUUGAGGAAGUCAGCUUCCGUGCCUGGGGCGAGGAAGCUUUCCGCAUCUGGGACGAAUGGCGCCGCAUCUACCCCCACGGCUCGCCCACCGAGCGAUUCCUCCACACUGCCAAGAACGAGGCCUGGCUUGUCUGCGUCAUCGGACAACAAUUUGGUGCCGGUACCAAGCGCGGCAGUAAAGAAGAAGAGGAUGAAGUUAAGUGGAUGUGGCGCGUGCUGGCAGGCGAGGUUUAG